AGUAUAUGGCACUAUAAGAAUAAGCUACGUUGAAAUUUUUUUACGUCUGGAGCAAGGGUGCACCUGACAGUACGACAGCCUGGUGCGGGGGCCGGCAGCGCUGGUGGCUCAGCGGGUCACACUAUGUCGGAGGCCAGUGUGCGGCAAGAGUUGUCCAGUGUUGGGCUGUGUUGGUGGUUCCCGUGAUACAGUGACUCCAGCACUUUACGCUGAAGGAGCCUUUGCUAAAGCAUGAAGUCUCACUAUCAUUACCUAACCGAUUGCAACUGAUAUAAAUAUUGCAAAUGUGAACCUGGCAUUAUAGUUACCAGAUCAAACUACGAAUAGUGCAGUGUUGAAGUACAUACGUGCGUGCAAGUACACGGAAAACACCUCACCUGCUGAUAAGGAAAAUUACCAUUCGAGGCAGUUCUCGAGAUCGACUUUCUGGUGAAGUGAGCUGCGCGUGGCGUGGCGGUACUCCUGAAGUGAGAGGAGGUGUCACCAGGCCACGCAAACGAAGGAACCCAGCUAUGCUUCCAACGAGGCUAGUGGCCCUGUUGGUGGCUGCUGUGUGUGUGCCGCCCCUCUACGCUCACGCUCUUCAUGGGCGACACUGGAGACACAGGCACCAUGAGCGGCGUUUUUACGAGGGCCGCCAUCCCAGCCGCGGCCACGCCCUGCACGCCAACAACCACGCGCGCUACAUGGUGUCCCAGAGUCACGUGCUGGACAACUACAUUCAGAGAAACGACGUGACAGAAUCGCCCCGGAAGUCGCUGCGCUCUGGCCUCCCUGGGGCGGGGGUUGGGUCACGGUGGGCGCUCAGCUACCAAGGCGGGUCCCUGGAGCACUCUGCCGUCAACAACACUGUGAGCAACGUGACUGCACAGCUUGGGGGCACCGCCUUCCUGCCCUGCCGCGUUGGUCACCUCGGAGACAGACAGAUCUCGUGGAUACGUCGUCGGGACUGGCACGUCCUUACCUCAGCUGACGUGCUCUUCACACACGACCACCGCUUCUCUGUGCUGCACGUGGCUGGCUCUCAGGACUGGACGCUCUAUAUCAAAUACGUGGAGGUGAAGGACACGGGGACAUACGAGUGCCAAGUGUCGACAGGGACGGGUAUCAUCUCUCUUUUCGUCAAUCUGAAGGUGGUGACGCCGGAAGCACACAUCCCUGGUGACGGCCAGUACCACGUCAACCGAGGCUCUCCCAUCACUCUCUCCUGCGUCAUCGAUAAGAGCCCGACGCCGCCGCAAUAUGUGCUAUGGUACCACAAUGACGAGUUGCUCAACUACGCUAGGGGACGGCCCGAGGUCAGCAUCAGCAAGGUCAAGAGCACUUUAGACAGGUCGGUCAGCACUCUGGUGGUGCACAGCGCAGAGGACGUGCACUCCGGGAACUAUACUUGCACGGCACCCAACAUCCGCCCCGCCUCUUCCCUCGUCUUCGUCACUGAAGGUGACAAGACAGCAGCGGUGCAGCGGAUAGACUCCGGGAAGGAGCGUCUCCGGGGCGGAGUGCUCCUCACGCUUUGUGCUGCCCUCGUCCACCUGCUGGAAGUGAGAUGAAUCACUGGCGGCAAAGAAGAUUCUCAUAUUCCUUUCAGUUAUAGUUGUCAUACGUUAUGAUUGGAACGGUUGCCAAAAAUAGUGCGGGGUGCCUCAUCGGUGAAACGAAAAAAAGGACUCAACAAUAGUAGCAUCAUCACUGCUCACCGUGUACAUUACAUAGUGCAUCGUCAUCGUGCUGCGCCUUUGUGUGGAGGAAAGGGCAGCUGUGAUCACUCAGGUCCUGGCGAGCCAGGCAUGCAGGAAGCAGGUGAAGUGCAGAGCCACGUGGCGGCGCCUCGGCCGACCACAGGGGGGCACAGGGACGCAGCUUGUGCUCUUGAUAAAGGUCACAUGAAGUGUAAAGAAAAAAUAGUUUCUUGAUAAACAAUAAGAAACAAUGUAAUAUGUUCUUGGUCACGUUGCACAACGUUGUGGAAUACAAAAUUGAUGAAGCCAGGAACAAUUCAUAACGCUGUUUAAAUGUCAGUUAUGAAGAGGGAGUAGAAUUCACAAACGUCACAACAGGAGACGUGAUAUGUAAUCAAAGGGCUGCACCGUGCAGUCGGAGGCAGCAUGGGUGGCCAGCCGCGGCGUAAGCGCACAUUAUUGUCUCCUAAGUGUUGGAUGUCUUCAUUAACUACUGAAAAAGUGGACAUAUUAUACUGACCAGUCAGCUCUUGGCAAAAUAGGUAAAUUUCCAGGUAAUUCCAGGGGCAGGUGGUGUUCCCACUGCCGCCUGGUGCUCCUGUGUUCUUCAUCAGGUGGCACGCAGGAGAAGGGGAGGGAGUCCCCCGUCCUUGCGUGCCGCAAGGUAUUACUGAGCUUCGCCGUUAUGUUUGUGAAUCGUGUUACGUUAUCGGAUUUUGUACCUUUUGCGUGUUCAGCGGACUUAGGACCCCCGCUUGACGCAGCGUGAUGCACAAGACCAAGAGGCAGCGUGAGCGGCUUGUGGAUUAGCAUGUCGAGGUGGUGGAGGAGUAUGUGUAAGAUACGGCCUCUGCCCCGACGUCUGCGGUCCGCCCUCAGAGAGGCGGGACUCAUCGAGCAUAUAUUUUCGUAAACAAGACGUAUAAUGGAUCUCAUUGCCAUGUUAAUUACUCCUCUAAUGUGAUGCGUAUUAUGUUAAGUGUUUUGACACUACAUACAGAAUGGUGUGUGUUUCUGUGUGUGUGUGUGUGUGUGUGUGUGUGUGUGUGUGUGUGUGUGUGUGUGUGUGUGUGUGUGUGUGUGUGUGUGUGUGUGUGUGAGUGUGUGUAUGUGUGUGUGCGCAUAUGUGUGUGUGCAUUUGUGUGUGUGUGUGUGUGUGUGUGUGUGUGUGUGUGUGUGUGUGUGUGUGUGUGUGUGUGUGUGUGUGUGUGUGUGUGUGUGUGUGCAUUUGUGUGUGUGUGUGUGUGUGUGUGUGUGUGUGAGUGUGUGUUUGUGUGUGUGUGUGACCGUCAGACCCACAUAAAGGAUUGGGCUACUUCUUCCUUAGAAUAAGUGAUUUUCAUAAUUCGACCUCUGAGUUUGUCAUGACCAGCGGGGCAGGCGUGGUUUCCGAGGAAUGCAGACAAGGCUUGAGGCGCGGGGCGGGUCCCUCCGGGCGGCGGCCGCUGCCGAGCACAGGGAGGCCCCGCCUCUGCCACGCGAGCCGGCAUCUGGUCACUUCCCUUUAAGUUUCUCAAGUUGUUGUCCUCUGCGUCACGACUUAGCUUUAUAUCACUAUUCAUUGUCUGUAGUAUGCGUACAAACAUGCGUACAUAUAAAUAUAUAUACUUUUCAUCCAAGUUACCAGAACAAUACUAAUAUUUACCGUAUUCCUCCGAGAAAGCAAUUUACAUACUAGCGUGAUCAAGGCAAUUCCCAUCACCGCUACGCGAUCUGGGACCCGGACAGGAGACACUGGUCGGUGCCUACGAGUUCCUGAUUUAGCAACAAUUACCGAAAACAUUUCAACGACUACACAGGACCAUUAGCCUCCGGAUGAUACUCAAUCAGCACCACGAAGACUUCCACUUGCUCACAAACUCAUCUUUACACCCUCUCUUCUAUCACCCUACCUUUCUUUUUCUCACGUACAAGAAAUAUUCCCUGAUUCUAGGAGAGUUUUCUUUUUUUUUUGACCUUCCCCUCUAGAAUAUUUCAGAGACGGUGUCAAAAAAACUGCAUCUUAAGGACCGUCUUUAAACAAUGACAGACGAAGCUCCCAUCACCCGGCCUCCCGUGCCUCACUACUACUCGUUGACCGUGUGUGGGUGUCGUCGCCAUUCGCUGUUUGGUGUCCGUUGGGUGUUCCUUAGUCGUAAAUCUCUAAGACGCCGGAUGCAGGAAGACAAAAGCGAGGAAGUCAGGACAGUGGGAUGGACGCCUUCCGUUAUUUUUUUACGUGAACUCAAAAAAAAAAAAAAAAAAAAAAAAUUACUUAAACCAUUAUAACGAAAACAAACUACUUUUGACCCCCCCCAGGACGAGAAUGUGUUCUAUAGUAUUAUUUAGCAUGACAAACCCACAUACUUAUCCCUAGAACACCUGGAUACCCUUUUCAUUUAUUCACCUCUACGUGAACUAAAAAAAAAAAAAACCUAAUUUACUCAAACCAUCACUGCAACGAAAGUGACAAACAAAUUUCAUCUUCCCAGGAACAAAAAUGUAUUCUCUAGUACUAUUUUAGCAUGACUAACCCACAUCCUUAUAUGCUAAAGACACCUAAACACCUUUCCUUUCUUUUAUCUCCACAACGACCACAGGCGACACGACUUGCUCAUUGUGUCUUGUCGCGCCGAAUCAACUUGUUUUCCCUGGAAGGCUGAGAGGGUGGUGAGCUGCUGCGCCUCUCUGAUACGCAUAUAGCGGCCUUGUUCCGAUGAUGCUCCUCUCUCCGGAUCCUCUCCUCGCGUGACAGUGGCGCGGCGGGUGGGGCACGGGGCUCUUCCACGGUUGCAGGGGCUCAGACUGUCGACCGGCGGGUGUUAGUUGUUAUAGUUAGCGCUCGAGGUCACAACAGCACUGGCUUGCCUCCGUGUCUUCCUGUCAACUGCCUCUGACGUACGUACAUACAUGAACACAAUGUUUCCGGGGUAACUAGAUGAUGUCUUCGUAUAACUGAGUAGUAACUGUUAUUUUAUGUAUUUAUGUAUUAUGGGUGUCACAUGAACAAGAGGAUUAGUUAUGUGUGAUACAUACAGAGAAUUAUAAUAAAUAUUUGCAGCCAG